GUUAAGAAUCUGGGUUGGUCCAUGGGCAUGCCUCAAGGAAAAGCAUUUGAAUCAUCCAAAGAAUUGUUUUAUGGGUUUUUUGUCACAAGUUCUUGAGUUACUAAAUACAGGGUCACACCGCAUUUCAUCCUUUCUACAAGUGGAAUGCUAUUCUCUGCAUAACCUUGUUUUCCCCUCCUCUCUAACAAUGAAGGAUUUCUCCUCUUUCUUCCUCUGGCUCCUUCUCAUUUUCUUUUUCGCAACUCCUAAUGUUAUUUUGACAGCGCAUGCUUUCACGGGGACAUAUGGAGUGUGCUAUGGAAGAAUCGCAGAUAAUAUACCUGCGCCUAGUAGCGUGGUGACCCUCCUCAGAGCGGCAAAGAUCAAGAACAUCAGAAUCUAUGAUGCUGAUCAGUCCGUCCUCACCGCCUUUAAGAACUCUGGUAUUGAAAUAGUCGUCGGCCUUGGUAACGAGUAUUUGAAAGAUAUAAGCGUAGGUGAGGACCGCGCGAUGAAUUGGAUUAAAGAGAAUGUCCAGCCAUACCUCCCAGGGACCAGCAUCCGUGGAAUCGCUGUAGGAAAUGAGAUUUUAGGAAGUACUGAUCCCGAACUUUGGGAAGUCUUGCUUCCAGCAGCUGAAAAUGUCUAUAACGCGCUUCACCGUCUAGGCUUGACCAAUAGCAUUCAAGUCCAGACUGCGCAUUCGGAAGCCGUCUUUGCGACUUCAUACCCUCCUUCUGCAGGGGCUUUCAAGGAGGAUGUCCUUCAAUACAUGAAGCCUCUUUUACAGUUCUUCUCCCGGAUUGGAUCUCCAUUUUACAUAAACGCAUAUCCCUUCCUAGCAUAUAAGAGCGAUCCUGAGCACAUCGACGUAAACUACGCCCUGUUCCAAUCAAAUCAGGGCAUACAUGAUGAUAAGACGAAUUUGCAUUACGACAACAUGUUUGAGGCUCAGGUAGAUGCAGCAUAUGCAGCUCUUGAAAAGGUCGGGUUCCCAAAAAUGGAGAUCAUUGUGUCGGAAACAGGCUGGGCUUCCAAGGGUGAUGCAGACGAAGCUGGGGCCACAAUGAAGAACGCCAAGGCUUACAACUCUAACCUGCGUAAAAAGCUUGCGAAAAAAAAGGGCACACCUUACAGACCUAAGAUCGCAGUGAAGGCAUACGUGUUCGCGUUGUUCAAUGAAAAUUUGAAGCCCGGACCAACCUCCGAAAGGAACUUCGGAUUGUUUAAGGCUGAUGGGAGCAUCUCGUACGAUAUUGGGUUUACUGGUCUUGUAUCUUCUAAAGCAGCCUCGACUCGGAUCUCUUUCAAGGAGUUUUUUAGUUCUUCCUACAUGUUGGCGCUCACAACUGGUGCGGCUGUGCUCCUUCUAAACUCAUUUUCGUAAGAACAAGACAGUCCGGAGUUCUCUCAAGUCCUAGUACACAUUUGAAGCCAACCCAGAAACCAGAGCAUUAAUGUUCUCAAUUUGUAUAUCCAUGUGUAGCUAUCUGAUUCAUUCAAGUAACAUCCAAUUCUUUCAAAUAUUCAUCCAAACUGUACAGGCUGGAGACCUGAACGCAAUUGUGAAUUAACAUCUCCUUAUUCUUGCUUCUGCAAA